AUGGAUCAGAAUUUGAAACUCAAUCCUGAUGAUGGCACUAUACUCCCAGACCCGAGUUCAUACCGACGCCUAGUUGGUCGGCUCUUGUACCUCACCAUUACUCGGCCAGACAUUUCCUUCUUUGUUAAUAUGCUAAGUCAGUUCAUGCAGAACCCUCGGGACUCACACCUUACUGCAGUCUUUCAUGUUCUACGUUACCUAAAAGGCCCUCCAAGACAUGGUCUAUUCUAUUUAGCUCAGUGUAAUUUUCAACUUUCUGCAUACUCAGACGUCGACUGGGCAAGUUGUCCCACCACUCGUCGUACCACUACUAGUUUCUUCAUUACUCUUGGAAAUAGCCCUAUCUCGUGGAGCACAAAGAAACAGACUAUUGUUUCUCAAUCUUCCACCGAAGCUGAAUACCAUGCAAUGGCUAUGACUACAUGUGAACUCGUCUAG